CGGAGGAGGAUGAAGUCAAGGGUUGAUCUACGGUAUUUAAUUACUGCCCAUGGGCCGUGCUGCGGUCGAGACUUUGGUAGGGCUGGGUCUGGAUCUGGAGCCUUGCCCCGGACAAGCCACCAAUUUGACAAUUUGCGGAUUAAAAGGAGCUGCCAAGUGGUGAAGCGAAGAAAGCAAGGCGAUGCUUGCACCGCUGUAUAUAUAGAGCUCUGUCGAUUCUCUCUUCUCGUCGCUCAUUACCAACACACAUCCUUCAUUUCAUCAUGAAGUUCACGCUCCUUUCCGCCCUGGCGCUGCCUUUCUUCGCCUCCGCCGCCAUCCACACCGUCGCCGUCGGAAGCAAUGGCCUCAGCUUCAGCCCGCAAACCAUCACGGCAGCCAAGGGCGACCAAAUCGCCUUUGUCUUCGACGGCGCCGGCCACACCGUGGCACAAGGCAACUUCAAGUCCGGAUGCCAGCCGUACAAGAAAGGCGCCUUCUUCUCCGGCAACGGACCCCAGGGCAAAACUUGGACCAUGACCGUCACCAGCACCGCUCCUCAGUCCUUCUACUGCUCUACUCCCGGCCAUUGCGAGAAUGGCAUGUACGGCGUCAUCAACCCUGCUGGCGCAAAUACUCUCGCCGCCUACGGCAAGCUGGCGUCAAAGGCCUCCGGCAGCAAGGCUCCUUCCAAGGUCAAGGGAGGCAGUUUCAACUAGAUCAGGUGGAAAGAAGCAUA